GCAAGUCACUACUGCAGAUACAGUACAAUGGCCCGCUAGUUUACAGGAAAUGCGUAGGUCCUGUCGACUGCCCGAGGUUCGGAGUUAGCUUCGGAUAACGGUCGGCGCCGCAAUCGACGUUUAUCCGAACCUCUGCUACGGAAGUCCCAAACCUAUUAGUGGGUAUUUCCCGCCCUUUCCUAGCCUUUUACUUAGUCCAGUGGGUCUGACGAUACAGAAUUUUCGCUCUUUCAUACUCCGCAGCUUCGAAGCUUUGGCCUUUGGGUUUCCAGUAGCUUAAAUUGAUCCCGCCUCUUCUGAUUAUGGCUAGGGCUUGGAUUCUUGAUGGCCGAGGAAUUGCCAGAAAGGUGAAGAAUGCUAGCCUUCCUGCUGCGAAUCAAAUCAAAGAUUGUGGAGCAACUCGAGAAUGUCCUAAUUGCCACUAUCGCAUUAAUAAUAGUGAUGUGUGUCACGAUUGGCCUGGUCUCCCAGCUGGGGUGAAAUUUGAUCCAUCUGAUGUUGAACUGUUGGAGAAUUUAGCUGCAAAAUGUGGUGUGGGGAACUUCAAACCACAUAUGUUCAUUGAUGAAUUUAUCCCAACUCUGGAAACUGAUUGUGGGAUAUGCUAUGCCCAUCCAGAAAAUCUUCCUGGUGCUAAAAAAGAUGGAAGCAAAAUGUUCUUCUUUUAUAGGAUAAGUAAUGCAUAUGCUAGCGGUCAGCGCAAGCGCCGUAGAAUUGAUAAUGAGAACAGCAUGAUGCCAUCAGUUCGGUGGCACAAGACAGGGAAAACGAAAAGUGUUAUGGAUAAUGGCAUUCAGAAAGGUUAUAAAAAAAUAAUGGUUCUGUUUGAAGGAUCAUCAAAGGGUGGGUCGAAGUCUGAUAAAUGUAACUGGGUCAUGCAUCAGUACCAUCUGGGUACUAAUCAAGACGAGCAACAAGGGGAAUAUGUUGUUGCAAAGAUUUUCUAUCAGCAAGCAAACAAGAACACUAUAAUAAAUGAGAGUUCCUUGGAAAUCGAACGAUCAAAUGGACUUCCAGUUCAUGCAAUUCCAACUCCGAGGACCCCUAAAACAUAUAUUCCCAAUCCUCGCCGUUUUGAGAUUACUCCAUCUCCUGUCAAGGAAACGGGGAACUCCAAGAGAACAUUGGAUCUACCUUAUGCUUCUCAGUUGGAGGAUGAAAUGGAGCAUGCCACCAGCUUGGCUGGAGAUUUUGAUGAUAUUGAUUCCUUAUUCUGCAAGGAGAUCAUUGAUAAUUUUGCUACAUUCACUGAAUGGAGACCCAACAAUGUGAUUUCUACUCAGUUGGGUGGCAACACAAGUAAUGCAUGGCAGACAGAUGAUCAUGGAUCGUGUGCAAUUGAUGAUCUCAACAACAACGAACUCGACACUCCUCCCGAUUUCCCGGUUGCAGAUUUGCAGUUUGCUUCCCAGGACAGUGUAUUCGACUGGCUAGAUCGGUUAUAAUGGACAAGCAUUAAAACUUGGACUGGCUACAACCAAGGAGGAAAGCAAUCGCAGUCCAUAGGUAUCAUCACUACCUGUUACCGUGAUUUUCAAAAUUCACUACGGUAUUAGAAAUUCUGUGCUCACAAAAAAUUGAAUGACAUUAGCUGCACCAAAAUUAGGUCACGUAUCCAUUCAGUAGGUGUGUCUAACUAAAUCAUGUUGGUUUAUUUGUCUGGUGUAAAUGACUAUGACUAUGAAUUAAAAAUGAAAAGAGUUAUGAUUAUAAUAAUUAUUAUUA